AUGAUGAGUUCGAGCAGCAGAAAAAGAAGCAUUUUGGAUCCACCAUCACAUGCUACAGGAGCAAAACGUGGAAGAAAGACAACCUCCUGUUCUCAAUGCCAUGCUAGAAAACAAAAAUGUGACAGAGAAUCACCUUGCUCCCGCUGUGUUCAGCGGGGAGUCCCUGAUUUAUGUCGAUGGCCUGAAAAAGAAACAGAUGUGAUCACACAGGAAGUAGGGAGCACAGCAGACACUCAAGGCACGGAACUGGGCCAGCUGUACAUUGCCAGAGGUGCACCCAGCUUCUUCGGCAACUCUUAUUUUGGCCACCAAGUGGCAGCGCGGAUGAUCCAAGAGUCUGCCCCUGAUCUUCCCCCUAUGAGUUUGCUAUCGAGCAAGGACUCGCUACAAUCAUUUCGGAAUGACUCCGGUCCAUUUUCUCAAGUAUGGGACUUGCUAGGUCUUUUACCACGCAAUAAAGUCACUGUCGACAGGCUCAUCGAGAGAUUCCUCACUGAGAUCAAUUGGGCUAUCGACACAGUCCACCCGCAGACCUUCAGAUUGCAGUUCGCAGAGUUUUGGGGACGAAAGUUUGGCUUUGACGAGAUCGCUGGGGUGGAUCUUCGAUGGCUUGCACUUCUUUUUAUUAUACUGGCAUAUAGUGUGCUAUUGGAUAGCUCUUCCACCGCCUCGCCCGAAAAGCGGAAAGAGAGCGAAGAGGCUUCUCUUCGUUUCUACUGGGCCGCCAGAAGGGCGAUCGUGAUAUCUCCCUCUUUCCAUGGUGAGAGCUUGGAUCUCGUUCGGGCGGGGUUGAUGGUCACCAGAUAUCUGCUAUAUACUCGACAGACUGCGGAGAGCUGGCUCACCAUCAGUUUUGCGAUGCGGAUGGCCCAGGCACAAGGCAUGCAUAUUGAUGGAGAAAAAUGGGGCCUGUCAAAAAAGGCGACUGAAACACGCAGACGACUUUGGAGCAAUCUCUACUUGCUCGACAAAACUAUUGCUCUUGCCCUCGGCAGGCCGUACGCGAUUUCAGAUCAUAUGUGCCUCAUCAAAGCACCCGAAAAUGUUUGGCUAGAUGGACUGACCGAUGAGCAGUCUGCGCUCGAGAGGGCUUUUCCAUUAACUCACCCCACCAUGAGUACAGUGACACUACUUGGAAGUGGCCUAGCCAAGAUUGCAGGUGAAAUUCAAGACCGUUGCUUCGGAUUGUAUCCUGCAUCAUAUGAUUUGGUGAUGGAGAUGGAUAAUAAACUCCUGGUCUGGAAAGAGCAGCUGCCCUCCUAUUUCUCGGUAGAAAACCCCGAACUCUCACUUGAUGAGUUGCACACAUUUCUGCCAUGGCAUCGCCUCUAUCUGCACUCUGCAUUCCACUUCGCCAGAAUAACUCUGCACCGACCCUAUCUACUACGCGAAUCUAUCACCAAUCGCUUCAGCCUGAGCCACGAAGCAUGUAUCUCAUCAGCAUCCGCAGACCUGAAAGUCCGACUGAAGUCCCUGGGUUACGGAACAGCUGAGAACAUGAGAUGGACUUUGGGUACACACAACAUGUUCAACAGUGCUUUUAUCUUGGGGAUAAUUGCGGUGCGGAGGCCUCACGCCCCUCAAACCGCAGCAAUCCUCGAUGACCUGGAAGAAUAUUGCGAAAGACUACGAAAUGAUGUCUGGCUGAAUGAUUUUGGGCUCGCUGAGGUAAAAGUGGUAGAGCUCUGUAUCAUACGCACCGCAGGUCUUGUUCAGGCUGCCGAGCAAUCGACUGAACAGGCCCCAAGGAGCCCACCCGAAGUCAUGCCGGAUCUUAUGACAAUGGAAGGCGAACGAGAGGCGAUGAUGCCGACCAAUAUAGAUGUGGAGUCCAAUGUACUUGGGGCUUCGCCAGAUAUGAUCUGGCCUGCUGUUUGGGAAGAUCAAAAUUUUGCAUUCCCACAAGCUGCAGACCUUGAAACCUGGGAACAGAUGAUCUCAGAAAUUGCUUAUCACACCUAG